AUGCAAGAGAAUUAAUAUGAUUAGUUGUUGAAAGACGUUGAAAGAAUAAAAAAAUGUUCAUUAAUUACAAAGUAAGAAAUUAGCAAAAGUAUUGAUAGUGUAUUAGAGCUUUUAGUAGAAGCAAAGCAUCAGAUAAAUGAGCCUAUGGAAAUAGAAGAUCAAGAGGUGAGAAGGAGAAAAAUAAAGGAUAGCAUAAAUAAUUUGGAUGAAAAAUUAAGGGAAAAGAAACCACUUAAAUCUGUUAUUGACAGCCAUAAAAAAUACUUUUAGUACCUAUCAAAGUAUGGAAAGAACAUCGAAAAGAUAUUUAAAAGUGAUAUAAAUAAUGUUUUUAAGGAUACAUUAGUUUCCUUUGAAAAAGAGUGCGUGAAUGAGGCUAUUGCAGAGCAUUUACUAAUCGAAAAAAAAUUUGAGUUGUAUGAAAAUUUCUUAAAAGAGACAGGUUUAAGUCACAAAAUAGACAAAGAGAAAUAGAACAUUUUGAAAACUAUUUAAAAGAUAUUUGAUGAAUUCUAAACUAAUCAGCUAAAUGAAGCUAUUAAAUGGGCUUAGACUAAAAAAGAAGAACUAGAAGACUUAGACAGUCCUCUUCUUUUUUAUCUGCAUCGUCUUUAAUUCAUCUAAAAUCUAUAGAAAGGCAAAAUGGAAAGCAUUCAAUAUGCUAGAAAACAUUUUAAAGAUUUCUUUAAUUAAAAAAAAUUUGCUGAUUAAGCACAGUAAGUGAUGUUCUACAUACUUUUAGAGAAUGGCAAAAUAUAAGAUCACUGUCAAUUAGACCAGUCAUACAAACAAGUAGAGGAACUGCUCUUAGAUAAUUAUUGCAAAAUCUAUAACCUUACUAUUAAAAGUGCUCUUCUUUAGUGUUUAAUUGCAGGAACACUAGCUCUUCCUAAAUUCUUGAAAUACACAUAAAUUUCGAGUAUGGAUGAAGAACUCAAAGAUUAUCACAACAAGAAUGAAUAUCCAAUCGAAGUCGAAAUAGGAAAAGAUUUCAAAUAUCAUUCUAUAUUUGUUUGUCCUAUUUCUAGAGAUGUUAUUGAACCUGACUAAAACCCUGUUUGGCUGACUUGUGGUCAUGUUAUAUCAGAAGCAUCAAUGAAAAAAAUAACAGCAAGUGCAAAUAAAGAAAAAUUUAAAUGUCCAACUUGCCCUAAAGAGAUGACAGCUAGAGAGACUAAAAAGAUCUAUUUUUGA